AUGAAUGUGUUUAAAUUUACCACAAAUUCCUAUUCUUCGUUACUUUCCAAACUUAUAUUUUCAGACGUGCGUGACAGUAAUUUGGAUCUUUAUCAAGGAUCUAUAGAAGAGACGACUUCACUGACUAGUGGUGAACAUAAAAUACAAAAAAUAGAAAAUAACGGCGAGGAUGGCAAUGAAUUAAUAAGCGAGCAAGACUCUUGGGACGAGAAACCACUUCCUCCCCCGAUUCAAAGAAGCAGACUGGGAAAACUUCACUGGUUAGGGUUGACUCUAUGCAACACUUAUAGUUUACUAGGGAGUUUUUACCUUUUGUAUUAUUAUCAAACACGUAAAUUUAUAAAAUCCGAUUUUGAGAUUAAAGCUGUCUUAACAUAUGUUCUGACAGAGACAAUAUUCCGUGUAUAUGUGUCAACGCAAAUAAGAUCGUGGUCAAACGGAACAUUAAAAUUUAUUCAAAGUAUCAACAUAAUACUAGGUCGGCAAGAUUAUAUCCUUUUAAAUCAUAAUCUCUUUACGAUGACGGGAGAUUCAACAGUCGUAUUCUAUAUGUUCGUAACGAUAAUAGCCGAUGCAUUCUUUGGAGCAUACUAUUGCUUUCUUGUCAUAGCGACCAUUUGGGCUCAUAAUAGAGCAGAUAAUUCUUUUUCUUUAUUCAUGGAUACAAUUACGGCGACAAGCACAAUAUUGAUUAUAAGAAUUUUCUGGCGUUGGACCUUUGCUAGCCAAGAUCGUUCUGCGUGUUUUUCACACAAAUCAAAGCGACUAAAUCGGCGAUUAAAAUGA